AUGACGCACCACCUCCCGUCUCGAGACUCCCCCUGCACGCUGAGCUGUGGCAGCAAGGGGCUGGGUUGUGGGGAGCCGUCCGUUCAUUGUGCAAGACAAGCAAUUUCGCCUCUUUCUAGCGGCUGCUGGAAAUGCACACAAUUCUUUGCGCUCAGCGACGCAUAGAUAUGCGUAGCUCUCCUUAGGUGUGUCCCAUCUUCGGGGGAUUUGGGGUUCGGCGCGCCACUUACCGCCUCGAGCUUCGACGUCGUGGCGGAGUUGCGUCUGUUUGAAGCCGUCAUCUCGAGUUUUCGGUGACGUCACCAAUACAUAUUCCAACACGUUGGUUCUGGCUCUUGCGAGGAUAUGCUGUUUUUCGUGCAGUCGCGAGUUUAUCGUCCGCGCGCACGCUUUUGCCGAAAAAAACGCGCGUGGCGUGCUGCCCUCAGUCUCCCGGUGUCGUCGCACCCGUUUUCGACCGCCGGCUUUAUCUACACGUUCAGUUUGUUGGGGGUGAAGUUCGUGUGGGUGAAUGGAUCUUCAGCCACGAGUUGUACGGAGCGACGGGCCGCAACAGAAAAAAAUUGGUUCUGCCGUGUUGAAUGGUGUCGGUUCGGGUGAGCUUUGUAACGUAUGUCCGUGACGCGCCGCAAUAUUUUGAGUGUUGACUGUUGCGCGUAGAGUUUGUCCCGGAGAGUCUGGCUGGUGGUUACCCCCGAGGCUCACU